CUCUAAGCUCCCUUCCAUGACUAGCCUAACCUCUCAAUAAUUUCCUGAACUCCCAACCCCGGAAACUGUCAUAUUCCCCCAGCUGUCAAUAUCCAAAAAUCUACCUCCUCCCGUAAACAAGUGUUAUGUGUCAUCAGUAAUCCACACCCAAGAGAUCCAAACUCCAACAAUGGAAGUGUUAAACAAACUCCGUAAUACCGUAACCAACACAAUAAGCAAUACAGUGACGAGUACAGCGUACGGUCUCUCGCAACUGUCAAGUGUUCUUCCAGGAAACCCAGUGACUCGUGAAUUCGAGGCGACAGGGCACAUAGGGAGUGCAGGUCCAGGCCUCCUCUGGAAGGUGUACAGUGGGUUCAAGAAGUCCACUCGUCAAGAAGCCUCGAUCUUUGUCUUUGAAAAGAGGCUGUUGGACAGAUGGUCGACGAAACAGGAACGAGAGGCUGUCCUUGAGGCACUUAAACGAGGAAUUACGCAGCUCACGAAACUGCGUCAUCCUCAGAUCCUGACUGUCCAGCAUCCCCUGGAGGAAUCACGAGACAGUCUGGCUUUUGCCACGGAGCCGGUCUUCGCUUCGUUGUCCAAUGCACUGGGAGCGUUGGAGAAUUGCCCACAACCGAUCCCCAAGAGCCUCAGGGAGUACAAACUCCUGGAUGUGGAGACACGUUAUGGAUUGCUCCAGCUCGGGGAGGGAUUAGCUUUUCUCCACAGUGAUGUCAAGCUACUUCACCGGAAUCUCUGCCCAGAGUCCAUUGUCAUCAAUAAACAUGGGGCGUGGAAGAUCUUUGGGUUCGAUUGCUGCGCGUUGAAUCAAAAUCCUCAGGAUAAACAACCGUCCUGGAGUUAUUCCGAGUAUGAUCCCAGUGUGCCCAGUGUUGGACAACCACAUCUGGAUUAUCAAGCUCCCGAGUGCAUUGUGGCUGGUAGUUGUGGACCAGCCAGUGAUAUUUUCUCCCUAGGAAUGCUCGCAUAUGUACUUCAUUCACCCGGCAAUCGUCCUCUCCACGAGAGCCACGGAGACGCUUCAAAAUGUCGAAGGUUUUUUGCUGAUUUCAAAGGCACCCUGAAUGCCUCAAAACUCGGCUUUCUCCCCGCAGGAUUCAAGGACGCUGUCAAACUCAUGUUGAGUGGAAAUCCAGAGUUGAGACCCGAUGCCCAUCAAUUCAUCAGAAUCGAGUAUUUCACGGACAUUGGAGUCAAGACUCUCAAUUAUCUCGACAAAUUGUUUCAGUGGGACAAUCUACAGAAGUCCCAGUUUUACAAAGGACUCCCCCAAGUGCUUAAGCAGUUACCACACAGGGUGGUACUGCACAGAGUUUUACCAUGCCUUUAUAAAGAAUUUGUUAAUGCUCCGAUGAUACCUUUUGUUCUGCCAAGUAUUUUACAAACUUUGGAGGAAUGUACGGCCGAGGAGUUUAGCGAGUAUAUUCUACCGAGUUUGAAACCAGUUCUAGCUCUUGAGGAGCCUCCACAGAUAAGUCUAGUUCUGAUGCAAAGGAUAGAUUUACUCCUGAAGCUCUGCUCCGCCGAGGUCAUAAAAACUGACAUUGUCCCGAUGUUGACGAGGGCCCUGGACUCCCGUACAGAGCAGCUCCAAGAGCUCUGUCUAGCAGCGUUGCCAUCGAUAGCAACACUGAUCGAUGGUCCCACGAUGAAGAACAUCAUCAUCCCGAGGAUUAAAAAAAUUUGCUUGAAAGGAACAGGAAAUAACUCGAGUCUCAGUGUCAGAGUGAACUGUUUACUCUGCUUAGCCAAAAUGCUGGAGCAUUUGGACAAAUGGAUAAUCCUAGAUCAGAUUUUACCCUUUCUCCAGGAGAUCCCGCACUCGGGAGAACCUGCAAUUCUCAUGGCCAUCAUAGGAAUUUACAAAAUGGUCUUGACUCACAGUAAACUUGGAAUAAGUAAAGAAAUGCUCGCAACGAAAGUUCUACCAUUUCUCCUACCACUUUGUGUAGUCCAGAGUCUGAGCCCUUCCCAAUUCGAGGCCCUGGCAUCUUUGGUGAGUGACAUGGUGACUCGAGUGACUACUGAGCAUCGUGAAGCUCUGAGGCAAUUGGACGUAGUGCGGAAAGAGGCACAGCAAUUGGACGAGGCCCUUUUGCAGACGACGAGUCCUGGGGUCGAUAUUUUAAAAGAUACUUUUCCGAAGAAUGAUCUUUCCUCGGUGAAUACGCUGACCUAUACGCCUUUGAAGGAUGGAAAGAGUCUAACGAUGGAGGAAAAACACAGAUUAGCAAAUCAGCAGGAAACCCAUCAACGUCUCCAAUCGCAAAGUCCCCUGACGCCAAAAGCAGCCCCUAAGCCAAUGAGAGUCGAUCCUAAAGACCUCACCAGCACCUUAUUAGAGAACAAUCUCAGUCAACUGAACCUCGCAGCGAAAAAUUCCCAUUCUCAACCCAAUUACUCAUCCUUGGCAUCGUCAGGGUGGAAUUCAGGUGCCAGUAGGAAUCAGUGGGAGAGUGUGACUGCACAGUCUCCAGUUUCUGAGCAAAAGUCAACUAUGGCACCUAGUUGGGGCCAGAAUGGGAUGAGUACGAUGAGCUGGGGUACACAGGUCACUUCUGCAGUCAAUCAAACGAAUAAUUGGGGAAAUUCGAAGCCAAUGAGCGGUAUCAAUCAGAAUGCUGGAGCUUUUGGAAUGAUCAGGGGGUCUGGGAUGCCUCCAGCCUUGGGGUCGUCCAUGAACUCUUCAUCACAACCCAAAUCUGCUAAUUUAUCUACCCAGGAUAUCAUUGACUUUCUCAGUUAAUGAACGUGUCUUUCUGGAAAACUUUCACUUUUAUUAUUAUAUGUACGGAAAAGAAUAUUCCGAACCAUCGGCUCCGGCGACCUGAGGGUUCCGCCUGUCGCAUAGAGAAGUCUCUACUUAUUGGAUUUUUAAUUAUUUAUUUACAAAUAAAGCAGAAAGUAACGAAA